ACAUUAGUAAGGUUAUUGUGACAAGCUAAACUGACCAAUGACAGUGUACAGUACAAAGUACUAAUGUAAUAUACAGGCAAAACAUUGGCAAGAAAAGGAAUACCUACUACUGUGAAAAUUAUAUGUGCUUAUGUAUGCUUUAAGGACUGAGUCUCCAUUGCUAUGGAAGAGAAUGUAAAGAAACCAGUAACUGUUCAACAUGUUAAUGAAGAUGAUGUACACGGCAAACACUUACAAAGUAAUUGGAAAUCCCCAGGACGAGUAGAAGAUAAAAGAGAAUCAAGCUCAACUUCAAGUUUCUUCAGUGGGAGCAACUUCACAAUGUCUUGUAGUGGAGUUGAUACACAAGAGGAAAAUGAGCCGUCGACCAGUGGUUGCAGUUCUUUCCUGGCUCACACAGAAAAGGAGCGCAGUAAGGCAAGGAAGAAGGAGAGAGUGAAGGAAUAUUUGAAGGAAUUGAAGUCUAUUGUUCAGGCAAAAGGUGAAGGUCGUGGUGGAACGUUGUCAACCCUGCAACAUGUGCUCUCUAGCAUGCGCAAGAUUAAAGAUGCAAAAGAAGGGAGUCGAACAAAAAAGAAAGCGAUGCCAAAUCUUGAAGGGGAUCAGUAUAUGGGACCACCGGCUGAUCUCUCACAUACAGUAUAUGAGUCUGACUCUCACGAAAGUUUGACAUGCGAGUCACUCAAGUCAAGUGAUGAGCUACGCAUCAUCAUAUCUUCAAGUGAUCAUAUAGUCAGGGCUGUGUCGGCCAAUAUGAAAUAUGUGCUUGGCUAUCCCAAGGAGAGCUGGAUUGGGAGAUCGUUUGAUGACUAUGUUCACAAAAAAGAUCUCAUCACUUUCAUUAGCUUUCAUCGGACACCAGAAGAUGACAAAGAAGCCUCUGACACAGAAGUUUCUGGAGAAUCAAAGAUCUUUUACUUUAGACUGAGAAAAUUCAAAAGCCUCGGGUCUUCAGGGUUCAGCUUACGAAAGCAGGAUUAUUACACUCCAUUCCAAUGUACAUUUUCGAGAAAGAAAAUGACAAGUAGCGAAGUUGCAAGAAUGGGUACAUAUCCUAGCUGGUUAGAGUCGACCUCGACGUCCGUAAAUUCACAGUCACCAGAUGCUAUCCAGAUGACAUCGGAGUCGUCGUCCAACGGUUCUCUUGGGGAGAAGACAAAAGACGUGGGAGAGAAGAAGUUGUACACAAUAAUGUAUUGUGUACCGUUAAUGUCACCGUAUUCAGAAAGUGGCCUUUUACCAGAUGUGAAGUCAUUCGAAACAAGACAGACGUUGUUUUGUAGUUUCUGUCAUAUCCAACCAAAUACAAUACCAUUGCUAGGGUAUCUUCCGCAGGAGAUGAUCGGUGUGUCAAUAUUUGAAUUCUUUCAUAACGAAGAUCUGUCACGGCUGUAUAACAUUUACACUAAGGUAAUAGCCUUAAAAGGAGUGCCAUAUAAAAGUGGUCCAAUACGAAUUCUUGCCAAGAAUGGCAGUUGGAUCUCAUGUGUGACAGAGUGGUCAAGCUUUGUUAAUCCAUGGUCAAAACGACUGGAAUUUAUCAUCGGGAAACAUACUGUUGUAAAGGGACCAGACAACACAGAUGUUUUCAGUGAAAAUUUCCAUAUCUCUAGAAUCGAAGAGAAUUGUGAAUCAUUGAGGCUUGCCCGUCAGAAAAUCAAGGAUUUACUUCUGCAGCCAGUUGAAACUGUCUAUGUUGGUAACAAAGCAGACCCAAAAGGAGGAAAACCAAGGAAGUCUGUGGCAAUUGCUGAAGAGAAAGAGUCAACGGAUACUGAACAAGUUAUUCCGGCCGCUGAACAUGAAACAAUUUAUGCCAGUGAGCGGGAAAAGUCUGCCAUGCAUGGCGCUGGUGUAUUAUUUAAGGAGAAUUCCAUUAGCCGAGCAUAUGACCAGUUGAAUUACACAAAUUGUAUCAAGAAGUUUUUGCUGAGUCAGCCUCGGAGUUUUACCAGCGACUCGGACCUGAAGAAAAGUUCAUCAGAAGAUGGUUUUGAUGAAGAAAUGAAUUCAAAUGGUAAAUCUAUCGAGAGUUGGUUAGCAACGAGUUUUGAUGACCUGAUCGGAACGAAAAGUUUACACCGCACGUCUGACGGAUCCCGUAGUCUGCCAGCUUUGAAUGAUGAUUUUUGGAAAAAACGCAUAAUACUGUCCGAUUCAGACUUCGAUUUUGACAUCAGUGUUCCUAAGCCACCAAGCUUUGGCAGUAGUACAAAGGUGUUGGUAUCUGAACAGGAACACAGAGACAACGAGACUGUGCUAGAUCCUAUGGUGCUUCGUGAUCAACUCCAGCUGCCGUCUCCAUGCAUUGAUUCGAACUCACAGUUGUUUCCAACCAUAUCAUGCUUGACUUCUAGAGAGGCACCUGUCACAGCAGAUAGUCCCGCAAUUAUGGCGUUAACACGAGAAUCACUUUGGAAACAUACUAUUUUACAAGAACAGUUAUAUAUUGCCACAGCAAGUCCUGAUAGAAAUAUUUUAUUUGUAAACGAAGGACGUGAUUUGGAAUAUUCAAGUGGAAAACGGCAAAGACAUAGUUUAAAACGUCCUCAUUCGCCAGACCAUACCAGUGUUAACAGAUGUAAAACUGGUCGUCAUUCCAUAGAGAGUUCACCUAUAACAGCGUCACAGUCCAUCAUGAACCCAGUGUUCCCUCUGUUAACAUACGAGACUGUGUUUAAGGCAGCAGGACAGGGUAAAAACUCCGCGGGUGGUGCUAGGAUGAUGGUCCCCAUGCAGAUGUAUCCAAUUGUGUCAAUGCAGUCUGACGAUCACAUUAAUACUAGCCAAGUACAGUCGCAGAGCUCAAUCCCGAGUAGAUGUAUUCCACACUCAUAUGAUCAAAUUACAGGGAUGACAUUUAAACCACGGGUAAUGGUAGGAUUCCACCAGUCCGGGCAACCAAGAAUGCCACUUGGUUUACCUAUACCGGUCCAUCAGCUCAAUAGCUAUGUGAUGCAGCAGGCGACCUCAAUGGUUCCAAAAUCGGUAUCUAUGAGGCCAUCGAGGCUUAAACAAGAGAAGGCAAAGAGUCAGUUGCAGUCAAGUUCAGAAUCCUCGUCCACAGAAGAUACUGGCUCAACAUUUUACUUACUUGAAUCAUCGGAGAAUAAAAUGAAAUCGGCAUACAAUCAACUAGUCAUGCAGUCAUUAGCUCAGCAGAUGAACCCGACUAAGGGAUUGGACCCAGCUCCCUGGCUGCAGAACCUGUGUUUCACUGAUGGCUUGCAGAACCGCUACCACAUGUACAGAGCUAAACAUAAACGUCAGCUGAAGAAAGAUCGUGAAGAUUUAGAGAAGAUGAAGCAGCCGGACAUGCUGGUGAAUCAGUUUGAGGAAUUAUUGUUAAAUAUGGAAAAUUCCCCAGGUGUCAUUAUGGAUGAGGAAAAUGAUUAUUUGGCGUUUAACGAUGGAGUAUUAAACUGUACAUUAUGUUCAUGUGCUCGGGAUGCUUGUUGUACUGACUUUCCCGAAGAUCAUGGAAUUACUGACGCGCUGAAAAGGCUUCGUAAACAUAGUAAGAAAAAGGAAAAACGUGUUAAGAAAUCUACUCAGCCGACUUUACUUCAGAAUGCUGCCAUUCAAACAGACGAGGCCAUGUGUAAAAUGGAAGUUGAUUCUGAUCUAGGGACAUCAGAACCUCCGCGUUUAGGUGUUAGGGAGACGGAAACAUUAGAAAAUCUUGCCGAGUCAAAGAGCUGUAGCAGUAAAAGUGACUCUGGAGAGGCAGAUAUUCCUUGUAACAUGAGUUCAGACUCGAUUAAUUCUUUACACAGCAGUAACGUUACACCUAGCGAGCAUCGGAGUAGUAACGAGAACGGAAGCUCAUUAAAGGAGUCCGACGGUGAUGCAAUGUCGAAAAAAUCUGACUCUAGCUCAAGUGAUAAGCAAUUACUUUCAUCAGAAUCGGAGUCUGAGUCAAAAAACAAAUGUACUGAAGACAUAUUUGAUCAAUUAUUCAGACCGCUUAAUAUUUGUUUUCCGCAUUUACAUAAAGACAAAGUUCCGUGGUUGUUAGAUGUAGAAUUUAAUGAAGAAGUUGAAAUGAAGUAUCAUAUGGAAUCUAAAGAUAAAGAAUCUGUACUGAGGAGCGAUUUGACGCAGUUAGAAAUUUUGGACGAACCAGAAAUGUUGAAAGCUCAGUUCAAUGCUUUGAUGGAAGAACUAGGUCAGGGUAAUUCAGAACUUGUCUCAAUCUUGUCUAGCGGAGAAAUGGGAGCCAUGAAUAUGGACCAGUCUUGAAGGAAUGUUUAAGUGAACACAAACGGUUUUGUUUAUUCUUUGUCAUGCUGAGUGAGACACAGCCUUUAACCCUUACUCUGCUAAAUUUCUAUAAUGAACUUGUCCACCAUUAAAUUUGGACAGUAACAUUAACUGUUAAAAGGGGUGCUUACCAAAAAUAUACUGACUGAAUGGCGAACAGUGCAGAUCUUGAUCAGACUGCAUGGAUGUGCAGACUGAUCAUAAUCUACACUGGUCACAAAGGCAGAAUCAGUUGUGUGCAGCAUGAUAAUGGUUAAGAGCAGGGUUUAUGUUGGAACAAAAUUACAGUUGAUUGUAUUUGGUCAUUAUGUUCUCAUAUGUGUUCAAAACAAAUUCAUGUCCAUUAAACAUUAUUUUCAUGCUACUCAUAUUUAUUUGUUAAACAGAUUCAGAUUUUCUAUGAACAGAACUAAGAGAUUAAAUACGCUGCUAUUUUUUACUGUAUUUGAUAAACCUUGGAUAAGAAGGGGUAUGCUUUCAGAUGUACACAUCAGUAUUAUAAUAGUUUAGAAAAGGCAGAAAAUGACUAUAACAUAAAAAUCUUUCCUAUAUGCUAUUCAAGUAGUUAGCUGUAAAGUUUUGCUAAAUUGAAACUAAAAAUUCACAGCACCUGUUUACUGCGUGACUAGCUAUUCACAAUGUGACAGCUAUUUACCGUAUGGUCAACUAUAUACUGAGUGACUAGCUAUAUACUGAGUAACUAGCUAUAUACUGAGUGACUAGCUAUUUACUAUGUGACUAGCUGCUUGAUGUGCCACUAGCUAUUUGACUGUUGCGGUAUAAAGCUUUUAAAUACAUUCCGUAAACUAUUAUGGGGGAGGGGGGUGUGGGGGUGGGGGGGAGAACUUCCAGCUUCAGUAUAUUGUUUCUUAGGCUUUUGAUUUCAGUUGAAUUCUAGACCUUACUUUCAAAAUGUAGCAGUUUCAAUAGUUCUGUCUGAGGCACGUAUAUAUAUAUAUAUACCGUUACCUUGAUAUUCAAGGGACUGUAAAAAUUGCAUCGACGUAUCCGAAGUUCGACGUAACGAUAUCGACUAUCUGGGGCUACUUACCUUGUACUUGGACGUCUAUAUUGUCACUGUAUCCAAUGCUUUUUUUCAGAGGGUUUAAAGGGGGAAAGAAAUUAUUAUAAAACGUAAAUACGAUUUUAAUUUUCUUGACCAAUAAAACAUUUUAAUUAGAUACAUACAUACAUCUUUUUAAUUUUUCCAAAUAUACAUUUAAACAUUACCUUUUAUUCCUUCCCUAAACAAGUCUGAAUGCAGCGGUAAUGCUCUAGUUGAGUAGCCAUUUUGACUGUGCUUCGAUAACGAAAAUUUGCCAGUUUAACACGCAUAGUCCUACUCAAUCCUAAAUGGCAGAUUUUUACUCCGACAAACAGAAAAUAUUUCAUCCAAAUUAGUUGUUACAUAGGAAAACAGCUUUCUUAUUGCACGGUGUUUUAUAAGACUAAUUAUUGGAAAUGAAAACUCCCUGACAUUUACAUUGGAUUAAAUAACAAACAAAACAAACACACUAACUAACUUGCAUACGAUUAAUACAUCGCAGGACAACAAUAUUGUGAUUUUCACACCUUACAAAUAACAUGGAUAUUUUUUGACAAGCUGUGAUAUCGGCGAAACCAGGUGUAAAAGUAGUACAGGUAAGUUGAUGGGACUGAAAAAUCUCAUCGAGCUAAACAAAAUAUCGAGCUAAUCAUAUCGAGGUAAUGAUAAAAAAUUUCAUUAAGAUAAAUAGGGACAAAUCGGGACCGACUCGAACACAUCGUGCUAACCGGAGUAUCGAGCUAACCGAUAUCGAGGUAACGAUAUUCAACUGUAUAUAUAUAUAUUUAUAUCAUUUGUACAUGGAAAGCUUGUAAUGGCCAAAGCCACCUAGAAUUUCCAAUCACAUUCAUUAGAUCAUUGGAAGUCAGAUUUUGACACAGACACAGUAACUUUUGGCAGUUUUAGUUUCUUUGUGUUAGUUUCACAGUUACUUAAUUCCAAAUUACUGAAACUGGACUAAUAGCUUAACUGGAGUUGCGACUUGGUAACUGCCUAUGGUAUUGUAGUUCUAGUUUGUUGCUGAUACAUUCCAUAGAAAAUAAAUUUUUAAAAAAUGAGAUCUUAAUGGAUGAAAAGUCUCUUUGGGAGACCUGAGAUAUUUAACGUUGAGCAAUGAUCAUGUUACAAUUUUAAUAAGUUAGUUCCUUUUUAGUCCAAUUAUGGUACAUUUUGUAGAAUUUUAACACUUAAAUGGAUACUCUUGUAGUUUUUCAUGGAAUAGAGCAGUGAUAUACUCGUAUAAUUUUACUUUUACUAGUGUUACUAUAGAUUUCACUAUAAUCUUUGGAUAUACCCCACCAUAUAACUGUACUUUUGUGAACCAGUCAGUUUUGUGUAAGGAACUUGCAGAAUAGAUGAUUACUGUGAAAUUUGAUUGGCUGAUAAUAACAUAUUUUUUUUUUUUUUGAAGAUUUUUCACUGGUUCCCUGAAAUUUUGGUGCGAGCAUCUUUGACUGGAAAAAAGCAUCUGGUCAGUUGCUUUUAUGUUAACUCUUGAUGAUGAAUUGAAGUAAUUUUCUGAAAGGACAUGGACGUAGAUUUAUUUUAUAACAUAUAUUUUAUAACGUAGGUCCAUGUAAAGUCUUUGUAUAGUGUUUGUCUUUAUGUCCAACCUCUAUGCGAAAUUACAAAAAGUCCAAUUAAAAAAUCUUCCAAUCAGGUUCUAAUUAUCUGGCUUUUGUCUGUGGUGAUAAACAUGAAUAUGACUGAAAAAUAAAAGUAGGUUGUGAGAUUUUAUAGCACUUCUAAGUCAUUUUCUUUAUUUGGGAAAAUCAUGAAAAUUUUGCAAGAAAAUAUUGUGCGUAUUUUAAAACUGUUUGUUAAAAUGUAAGAGAUAUCAUUACUGUGAUGAUAAAAAAGGAUUUGAGCCAUGCCAUGAGAAAACCAACAUAGUGGGUAUGCGACCAGCAAGGAUCCAGACCAGCCUGCGCAUCCGCGCAGUCUGGUCAGGAUCCAUGCUGUUCGCUAAUAGUUUCUCCAAUUCCAAUAGGCUUUAAAAGCGAACAGCAUGGAGCCUGACCAGACUGCGCGGAUGCGCAGGCUGGUCUGGAUCCAUGCUGGUCGCAUACCCACUAUGUUGAUUUUCUCAUGGCGCGGCUCAUUUUACUUUCUCCAACACUGGUCCACAAAUAUAUCGCAUUAAAAUAGCUGAAAAUGCUGACUCAUUACAUCAUAUUUCCAUUGUUUAUGUAUUUAUAUCUCAUUUUUUACUGACUGUCAUACAGUUUUGUUUUGUCUAUUCAUGUAAACAAAGGCUUGUUUUGUUUCUUGCGUUACUUAAAAAGCUAUAGUGAUUUGAAUGUCUAGUCAGUGGUUGUGAAAUAAUGUAAUUUGUGGUCAGCUUUCUUCUUGUGUCCUCUUGCAUUGAAGGCCAUGCUCAAAAUUCAAGUACCUCAUACAUUAAAGAGCAUGCCACGAACUGGGACAUAAAAAAUCCACUAUUCAGUAUUUAUUUCCAUUACUUACUUCAUAUUUUUGGCCAAUUCUUGAUGGGGCUACUGCACCGUCAGGAAAUACCAUGUAUAUACCAAUGAUUUUUCUAGUAAUAAUAGUUUAAUUACAUUUAUUUAUUGUGGUUUUACCAUAACUUAUUUCAUGUAGUUUUCUGUAUUUUGUAGUUGUUAUGUUGGUUACUCAUUCAUAUCACACACAUUGUUCAAUGGGCUUUCAAAAAUGCCUCUAUUGUUUCACUUGUGCUAUAUUUGCAUAUAAAUAAAGCAUGUGAAUGAAACGUA